UCAGAAUGAAGCUAAAUUUGAUUUGGGGAGUGGAGUUCUGGGCUGGGCUCUGCAAAUUCGGACUAAAAGUUAAUCCUUGUCGCCUGUCGAGGAUUUUUGAACACAUUGCCCAGAUCAGAUGUCAAACACAAAAAAACAUUUGGUUUUCAGUAAAAAACAAAACACUUCAGAGUUCUUCAAGCUUCUUUCAAUGGCUUCUUCUUCUUCAUCAGCUUCCAUGAAAAGGAUCUGCUUUUACUGCAAGACUGUCUCCACCAUCCUCAGGCCUGGUUGGCGCCUCCGGAAUGGCUGCUCUGCUCUGCUUUGUAUCCGUUGCGCUUCUGCUUAUGAGGAAGGAAGAUUCUGCAAUAUUUUUCACUUGGAUGCCAGUGGUUGGAGAGAUUGUGUUACUUGUAAGAAGAUUGUUCACUGUGGAUGUAUCAUGUCAACCCAUACACAUAUCGAAUUGGAUUCUGGAGGUGUAAGAUGUACUGAAUGCAUAUCAAAUGAUAUCCUUAUGGGAGCAAACAGUCGCAGAUUCCAAUUCAAGAAUGCUCGUCCCAGGACUCUGCGAGACCUACCAGAAGUUAGACUAUGUGUUGACUUGGGCAAAGUGAUCACUGGGAUCACUUAUGGAACAUCAUCACAGGAAGAUGCAUGUGAAAGUAGAGAACAGCUGUACACUGAUUCACCUGAUGGAGUUAAUAUAUCUGACAGUUCUACUGUUAAUAAGAAGCCUCAAAGUAAUGGUCUUAGGAAAAUCCAUUCAUAUCGUCGAUACUUGCCUGAGGCAAGUGAUGAGGAUAUGCAACAAAUCAGAAAACACUCAAAUUCCGUUGUCAUUCCUUUGUUUGAAAAGGAAUUGACUAUCAGUGAUGCAGAUUCCAGGAAUGGGCGACUGGUAAUACCUAAAAAAUGUGCAUGGGAUUAUCUUCCAAAAAUUUCUGAGCCCCAAGGAUUUCCCAUUAAAAUCCAAGAUACUGGUGGAAAAUACUGGAAUUUUCACUACCGGUUUUGGCCCAACAGUCACAGCACAAUGUAUGUUCUAGAAGGAACUAGAGAUUACAUGGCUGCGAAUCAAUGCCAACCAGGUGAUAAAGUUACAUUUUAUCGGAUAGAUCCAGAAGGACAGUUGGUCAUGGGAUUGAAAAAAGCUCAAGCAAGUACAUCAGAUCAAGAGAAAAAUCCAGAGAGUUAUGGGCAGUACAUGCUGAGAACAAGAGAGAGUUCAAAAUGAUGUUCCAAAACAAAGAUUAUUGUCCUUUCAAGACUGUUGUGAACUUGUGCUUUCCAUGGAUACUAGUGAAGCUGGUUGUCGGUGUGAGACUGAAGCUGGUUGUCGGUGUGAGACUGAAGCUGGUCUUUCUCCCGUAAACUUAAAUUAUCCUUUUCCCUUUAUUUAUGAAACCAUCCUAGUUACAAGUAAAACAAAUUUGCUGUUUUAUUUUGUAGUUUCUUGGAUAGCUUUCAUGGAGAAAACUUAUGUUACAUUUUUGGA